AUGUCAGAAGGCGUUAGAUGGGCUAUCCCAUAUACACUUCGCGAUAUGUUUGUCACAUUCUUGACGAACUGCUUUGUUACGAGUUCUAAACAUUUAUCGGAACACUCUUGGAAAUCAAUGAGCGAGGAUAUACUACACAAGAGGCAUAUAAUCAUGGGUCAUGCAAAUCUGGAGCUAGAUGAUGAGACUCUUGAGAAGUACGCGUUAAUCGAAGUAGAAAAAUUGAUGCGAAUGCAUUACCGAUCAUUAGGCGAUAUUAAAGAUAUGCCGAAGAUCAAACAUGUUCUGCUGAGAGAGCUGGUAAACAAUAUGUGGAACCAGGAAUUGGAUUACGAUGUCGCCGAGGAAACAGUAAGACAUUACAGGCAAUUCAAACAGCUUAAUGCUGACGAACGUGCGAUUUACGAAUCAGUCUUAGAAUCUGUUGAUAAAAGGGAUGGAAAGCUAUUCUUUGUAUAUGGCGCAUGCGGCACAGAUAAAACGUUCCUUUACCAAACCAUAAUAUUGAGAAUUCGAUCCAGAAAACAAAUUGUUAUGCCGGUCGCCUCUUUUGGAAUAGAUGCAUUGCUCCUACCUAAUGGUAGAACAACACAUUCUCGCUUCAAUAUCCCUUUAAAGCUCUCUGAAGAUAAGCUAUGCGACAUCAAACCUGGAACAAUGCUGGCUGAGCUAAUCGAGAAAACGGAUCUUAUAAUUUGGGAUGAAGCACCUAUGACACAUAAGCAUGCUUUUGAGGCUCUAGACAAAUCGUUAAGAGACAUAAUGUCUAGAAAAGAUACAACCGCGAAAGAUCUGACUUUUGGCGGCAAAACAGUACUGUUAGGCGGUGAUUUUCGGCAGUUACUUCCUGUAAUCCCACGAGGCAAUAGAGUUGAUACUGUCCUAGCUUCAAUAAGCCACUCAUACCUAUAG